UCUCGGAGAACCUCAAGGAUGUGAAAAACCACAUAAUGUAUGGCAUCAAUCAUACAGAAUAUGAAUUUGAAAUUUAUGAGCCGAGACGAAACAAUGGAUUAAAUAAAAAUGUCUCAUUCGAAGAAAAUUCUACAGCGUAUACGAACGAGACAUGGGCGGACUACGAGAGCUGGUGUUCAGCGAGCACUUCGACGGGGGAUUUCCUGACGUCACCGCUGUUUCAAGCGUGUGUUUACUUUAUGUACUGCACAGUGUUUGUGGUGGCCCUCGCGGGCAACGGGCUAGUGUGUUUCGUGGUGCAGACGUCACCGCGCAUGAAGACGGUGACGAACUACUUUAUAGUGAAUUUAGCAGUUGGGGAUAUUCUGAUGACUCUGUUUUGCGUGCCGUUCUCAUUCGUGUCGAUGUUAGUGUUGCGCUACUGGCCCUUCGGCGCCGUCAUGUGCAAGGUGGUGAACUACUCGCAGGCCGUGUCCGUGCUCGUGUCCGCGUACACGCUGCUCGCCAUCUCCAUCGACCGCUACAUGGCUAUAAUGCGCCCGCUUCGGCCGCGCUUAGGAAAAGCUGCCGCCAAGCUCGUGGUGGCAGCCGUGUGGGGAGGCGCACUCGCCACAGCUGCUCCAAUCCCCGUUGUAUCGACACUCCAAAGGCCGACGGAGUGGUAUAAAAUAUGUCAAGCAGACAUUUGCCUCGAACAGUGGGAACGGGUCGAGCAGAGUACGCAGUACACGUGCGCUCUGCUGGCGCUGCAGUUCGCGCUGCCGCUGUGCGCGCUCGUGUGCACGUACGCGCGCAUCGCGCACGCCGUGUGGGGCGGACGCCCGCCCGGCGAGGCGCAGAGCGCACGUGACACGCGUAUGCAGCGCUCUAAGCGGAAGAUGAUCAAGAUGAUGGUGAUGGUAGUAGCUGUGUUUACAAUUUGCUGGUUGCCACUAAACGUGUUUAUAGUGUUGUGGACGACGCACGAGAGCGACGCGGAGUGGGGCGCGUGGCCGGGCAUGCCGUACGUGUGGUUCGCGAGCCACUGGCUGGCCAUGAGCCACUCGUGCUACAACCCCAUCAUCUACUGCUACAUGAACGCGCGCUACCGCCGCGGGUUCAAACAGGCAUUAGCUGGACUGUUAUGCAUGAGACUGGAAGUCACUCACCGCUCCUGUCACAGAUCAAGUAUGUGUGAUGGGUUGCCGAUGUCAGAAAUGAUCGGCAUGAACGGCAUAACACGUCGCGGCACCAUGACGAGCUGCGUGAGCCGCCUCCAGCGCGCGCCGACGUGCUCGUCGUGCGCCUCCACGCGUCGCGCGCCCGCCUCGCGCGCUGCGCCCCCGCCGGUGCGCGCGCUCUCCGUGCGCACGCACUUUAACUAGACUCG